GGAUUUGAUAGAGUGCCUAGAAAACAAGUAACCGCCAAGAAAAUUGAACGGUUUUUUCUUCAAAGCGGAAGCAGAAGAAGAUAUCGAAGAAGUCUCGACCAAACCAAAUAUGACGUUGUUCUUGUGUUUGACGCUUCUAAUUCAAUUCGCAAACGCGACUUUGACCGAGGCGUUGAAGCUCUGAAGACUCUAAUCAGCAAAGCACGACCGGAUACUCACUACGCAGCCAUAACGUUCUCGGAUAAAGCCACGGUCUCUUUUGAUUUCACCGAUCCUUCGACAGCGAAACACUAUCUGCGCAGUAGAGUAAAGUUUAUCGGCGACAAGACAAACACCCAAGAAGCAUUCUUAAAAUGCCGAACUGAACUCUUUCAGAACAAAAAUUCCAAGCUUCGUCCAGGAGCUAAAAAGCGCGUUCUUCUACUCACCGAUGGGAGCUCCAAUGUAAACGUUCACUUCACCUUGUUUCGUGCAUUUCAACUCAAAAUGCUCGGCGUGGAAAUGUUCGUAAUUGGUGUUGGAAACUACAUGCCUGGGAUCCAGGAGCUGGUUGGUAUUGCCAGUACUACUAAUAGACACCUGUUUCGAGUUCGAAACACCAUGUCACUAUUGGACAUUACUCGGCUUAUUCCACCCUGGAGAUACCUUCAUCAACACCAGCGCCCCUGGGUUAUGGAACGUUACCAAUAUGGUGAGGACAUCAAUACCUGAUCCAUGUCUUUUUGUCCUCUGAAAUACCUUCGCGGGACGAAACUGUUUUGGUUUGCGAGUAUUUAAUUAAGCCUAGCUUACUGUCUUGUUAUACAUCUACACUUGACCUAGAAAAGGAAUGUGGCACGUAGAGUUGUAGGCGGCCAAACACUUAAUUCCAUCCAAUAAAAUGACGUUACGUUGGACACCUUGACCAGGGACCAACUCUAGGUGUCCCUCUAGACAGCUGUCUGCAUUAUAGAAAUUAAAGUGAAAGGGUGUCUAGAUGUGCGGUUAAGGGUGAUGUCUGUUUUACCAAAGAGUCCAAAACGAGAUAACUAACUGCAUAAGCUCUUACUAACAGGCUAAAGACCGAAGUGCGCUCGGGCGCCAAAAAAAACAAAAACAACCGAAAAGAAAAACACGCAAACAAACAAACAAACAGAAAAAAGUAGGUUCUGCUUCUUACAGUUCGGACAGAUAAAACGGUUAAGUAAGCAUGAUAGGGGUUGUAAAGACCAGCGGUGGCAUUUGGCUUAUAUAGAUCCAUUAUUGUGGUGAACUUGUACUAAGAGAUAAGUCGGCCUAAGUUACAAGUCUAAAAGUUGUUUGUACUCGACAGUAAGCCUAACCUGCGUAGCAGGCGCUUGGAUGUAGUGGGUGAAAGAGAGAACGGGCGCGUGCGAGCGAGACACGCGGGGCCAAGCGCCUGCUACGCAGGCUACAGUAAGCCUGGUGGCUUUGCCUUAGCGGAGAACAAAGUUACAAAAGUAAGGUUUGCACACAGAGGUUUAAUAACUGAAAGCACUACAAUCAUGAUGACAACCAAACGCAUUUGCUUACGUACCAAAAUUCUGUGAAUUCUCUAAACGUCUGUUAAACUACUUAUUAGUAAUUACAAAAAAGUGACCUAAAAACAAAUCCCCAAAGCAAUAGAACAGUUGAAAGACAAAGUUGACUAAAUAAGCACACUGCAAUUCAAAACAUGCUUCCACACGUAACCUUCUAAAAGCUUGGGCUGACAGUGCACCCUAUUUCCGAACCCCCUACGUUUUAGUAUGUUAUCUUUGUUAACAAGUAUACACUAUAAUAAUGGCAACCUUGCUAUCCAAGGGGGGGGGGGGGGGGUUAAUUUAGGGGGGGGUUUAAAUUUUCCGGUUUCCCCAAUCCUGACCCUUUUUCACACCAAAAAAUGUUAUGUUUCACCCGUUUUAAAAACCGGCCCCUAAAAUCCAAACCCAUUUUCAGGCCUGAAAUUACUUAGAUUAGACCCCAAAAAAAAAAUAUCUUAAAAACCAUUUACACAACACACAAACACAACACCCCACCCCUCCCUCUCAUUAAAGACGCGGGUGUGGCCCCCCCUCCUUCUCCCCCCCCCCCCUUUGUUUUUUUUUUUUUUUUUUAUAAAAAAAUAAAAAAAAAAAUAAACGCCACUUUUCCAGGGGGGGGGGGGGGGGGGGGGGGUUAAUCUAGGUGGGAGUGUAUAGUUUCCGGUUUCCCCAAUCCUGACGCUAUUUCAGACCAAAAAAUGUCAUGUUUCACCCGUUUUCAAAACCGGCCUCUAAAAUCCAGACCCGUUUUCAGGCCUGAAAUUACUUAGAUUAGACGCCAACAAAAAGAUUUCUUAAAAUCCAUUUUCGAAUUUCCAUUAAUCAUUCUUUCUAAUUCAUUUGGAACUGAAAUGGCAAAUACGCCCAUAAUACACACUCUGGUACUUCACUCAAAAACUAAUUACCAGAUUCCAGACCAAACUGAACAAAGUCUAUACCCGUUUUCAGACCGAAACGGCGGAAAAAUCCUACACUUUGGGGCGGUACAUACCUAUAUGUCUUAUAUAUGGAGUACACCCCCCCCCCCCCUUUCCCACCCCGAGGACAGUAUUGCAAUGAUGGGUUGAUAGGGUAAUUUUCGCAAUACAGAAGGUUAAUUGCAGCCAGAACCGCUUGAGCGUCGAAGUUCAAUAUAAUCCUGAUAGGGAGACAGGCAAUCAAUUAAGGGGAAAAGGAACGUUUUACAGCAAAAAGUCAAAAGGGAUCAAGUGGCUGCAUCAUUAACCUGUAGAUUUUUACGAUUUUAAGCUUUCUUGUUUAAAGGAAAUCUUUUGCCAUUACGUAAUACAACAUAUGUAUGAGCUCCUCGAGAGUGUAACCUUCAAAGCCUCAAAUCAAUUUAGGUAACUUUUUGCAAAGGGACGUGAGGUUUAAAUUUUAUCAGUUUUAAAGUUUAAGUCUGUAGAAACCGCUACUGAAGCGAAGCAAGUUAUAGACCAUGAUAACAGUGAUAUCACGACAAGUAAAAACCUGGUGAAAUGAACAGCCGUGAAAACAAUGAAGCAAAUCAAAUUAAACGGACGACUUCAACCGAAAGCGUAGGUGCAACAUAUAAAGGGGAGCAGUUGCCAAAAACAUUACUAAUCAAAUUAAAAAAUUUAACCUCAAAUGCAAGCGAAGUAUAAAAUUUCUUUAAGACAAGUGAUUAUGAUGAAAAGGCAGUUAUAAAUACUACAAUUAAAACUGAUAUAAACAAAAAGUGCAGCAAAACAAUGAAAUACAUCCAUGCAUUUUCCUUUGAUAAAAACAAACAACAAAGAUCGAAAAUUCUAGAAAGGCUUUGGUGCCGAGAUAAUAAGAAAAACGGUAUUAGUUGCUAUAGGCACCUUGAUAUGCGAACGACAUAGGCUUUUGUUGAAAAGUAAACAGCAGUGGAACUUUUCUGUAGAAUAAGGCCGAUACGGUACAACAGAGAUAGAAAACGAAGCAUGAAAGUGUUGUGUGGCCUUUCUAAGUAAGCUCCGGAAAUUUCUUUGUCACUGGUUUUAAUAAACAUCCGUUUCUCUUGGAGUCUGUUCAACAGUAUUUUAUUCCCGCUUUAAAUAGGGCUCUCCUUUUCUCGAAAGUUUGUCUUUCCUUUUCCUUCGAAGAGGUCAAAUUCGAGAUAGUGCCUAUUAUCUGUAUUCUCUCAGCACAUUAAAAGACGUUUUUAUCUUUAUCUUUCCUCGAGUAAUUUGGACGCUCUCUCUCUUUCUCUAAACCUACACACUACAGAACGGAUACUUCACAUAAAAGGACACCUAGAAUUGGUCUCUGCUGUUCUUUAGUCAUUUUCUUUUAUCUCUAUAAGAUUGACUUUUAGGGCAACUUUAGGAUUCUUGACUGUAUUUGAACGUCGAAUUUGUUUUAAUCAUUUUAUUUCAGCUGGUACUCGAAGGUCACACGGAUAUGCACUUUGACUGUACUCUAAUCUCUCGAAAAUUCUGAGAAAGGAAGUUUCUAAAAGCUUACUGAGGCAGAUCGUCAGCCUAACUCCUGCCAUGUGUCAUAGCUCAAAACUCCAAACCAUUGUUUAACACCCCCUAGGUCUCCUCAAUACGUUUUACUAUAAACAUAAUUGGUUCCAGAAGUGUCGAAAGAAACGAUAAAAGGCUUUGCGUAAAUCACAAGGAGAUAAAUUCAUUAAACCUCAAGUACUCGGCCAUUCUACUGAAGACACCUCCAAUUCACUAAAUAGUCUUGGAACACAGCCUCGAAAUGUGGAGGACACUGUUGCAUGUGGCAGUCAUGUUCGUUUUAUGGUGGGAGUGUUCCGGCUUUAUCUGGGAGCGGAACAAGAUCGUAAACUCGGAUCCAUGGGAAAGUAAGUGAUGCCUUCAGAAACCGAACUGACAGCACCCAAAUCCACAAGUUGACACAAAAUUCGAGUUUCCUUCUUACAUUACUUUUAGCUUUAGAGGAAAAAAGUACAACACAAACGUAUCAACAGACGUUAACUAAGAAUUGAACGAAUUUCAUUAUAGGAUUUCUUUUGGUUAUGAAAGGGUGCAAAUGUUGAAGCCACCUAAACCUUUUCAGGUCUUCAUGCUUUUAAAAAUUUUCAGAUUUAGAGACUACCUCUGAUUCUCUCUCUCAGGUUCGGUUUCACACAAAUCGUUUAACAAGUGAUAACUCACACUUGUUGCCUUUUUCAAUAAUUCAGCCGUAAAGUUAGGUAGCCCUCGUAGCAUGGCGGUUUUGGUUGGGCGCGCAAAGUAAAUAACGGCGGGCGAGGGCAGAGAAAUCGUGAGGACGUUCGCCCGCGUUUUGCGCGCGUUUUUGCGUCUUCGCCGCUUAGUCGUGCUCCCGGUAAAACUGCCAUGCUAUGCAGGCUAAAAGUUAAGCAAACGGAGGUUUUCUGGUAGCUUUCAGUCAUUGCAGCACUGAUAUUCGUCAGAAAAGCUUCACAGCGGCUUCAAGCAGCGAUAAUACAAACCGGGUUUUUGCAAUUAAAAUUAAGACACUGCAGACAAGACCAAACACGACGUAGGAUCAUUGACCUUAAAAAAAGAAUUCAAAAAAGGACUUAGCAUAUCUUUUGUUAGCUGUUUGGAUAAACAAAGUUUUGUUUUGUCGAAGCUUGACACAGCAUGCUAGCUAUUAAGACCAACAAAACUAUUCAAUUAAACUCACUUAAAGAGAAAACCAACUGCGUGUAGUAAAGACAGACAAAAUUAUCUCUAUUGAAUACCUUUUCAUUUUAAUUAAAACAAAAACAGACUCCAUGGUGACAUCUUUAGAGUACAAUGAUAAAUUACUUAGGACAUUUCAAACUUUGCUUCUCGACUAAGAGUCAAAGAGGACAAGUUUAGAAGUCUCACUAAAGGGUUAAAAUUAAAAAAAAAAACCCGCUGUUUUGCGCUUUCUGUUGGUAAUGUUUAAUAGUUUUGUACAAGAUGCUUUAAAGUUGUGAAGUAGCUAAUUCUUCUGCGAAUUUUCGCCUGCGAUUUUGCUGCCAGUACAGUUCAGGUGAAUCUAAACUAGAGGUUGAGUUGGCUGUUAGAAAAAUCCUUACGUCCUGACUGUUAUAGUGGUCACUUUAAAGAAAGACCGAAGCAGUUGCUGAGAUCCUGAAGUGUGUAGUGUGUUCUCUCAUAUGAAAGCUACUGAGUACCUAUUCCUACGGAGCUGUUUAUUACGUACAUUGAAAUUGUUACUCUUAUCUUUGUAUGAGUCAUGCACACUUAAGUCUUCAUACAAAACGCUUUCCGCCCUUCCUUACCUCUUCCUUUCACCCCCAGUGGUGGCCAAAGUAAAACAAAAAAAAAAUCGCAAAAAUCCCAAAUUUCAUUUUUCAAAUUGCCGAAAGACAAAUAUUAACAUGAGAAAGAACUGUUGGAGAGAUUUCAUUUGAAUGGUCACACCACAUGAUUUCAUCCACAGACUCAAAAGUUACUGAGAACUACAUACUAAAUAAAUAGCACCACUACUGCUGAAGAGGUUUUAUUUGAAUAGUUACACCAUUGGACUUCACCCACAGAUACAAACGUUAAAACCAAAUACUGAAUAAAUAGUACCAUGUGUAAGUGCUGCUGGAGAGCUUUCAUAUGAAUGGUAACACCAUAGGAUUUCAUCCACAGACUCAGGAGUUAGAACUGUGAAAUGGAUACUGAACUUUAUUGCUGGUUUCUGAAUCCUUACUUAUGUUUACGAGAGGUUUUUUUUUUAAACAACAAAAAACAACAACAGAAGGCAAUCUUGUUAAGAUAGCUUCCAGCUCUUAGACAGUGUGUUGUAAUGUUAGACGACUUUAACCAAAUCUCAUCACUUGACAGGAUUUCAGAAAAUUCCACCUGCUCAAGUCACAGCCGACAAGUUAAUGCGGUUCUUCCUUGGCAUAGAUCACAGAGUCAUUCGACAACUACGUAGAAGACAUCGCAGGUCUGCGGACAUACCGACCCAGUCAUUUGCACAGUUCGAUGCGAUCUUCAUUAUAGACUCCUCAGCAUCGAUACGGCCUCAAGACUACAAAAAUACGCUACGGGCUCUGCAGCUACUUACAGGAAAGGCGGACAGAGACAGACGCUACGCGGCCAUUACAUUCUCUUACAACGCCACGGUCCGUUUUAAUUUCACCACGCGCCGUGACACCGUAUAUAAACUACGCAAGAUACCUUUCGAGGCAGGGAAAACGAAUACUCAAGAUGCUCUCGAUAUUUGUCGAAGGGAGCUCAUAUUAAACAGCAACUGCGGCGGUCGGCCUGGGGUAAGAAAGCGUGUUUUAAUUGUCACUGACGGACAGUCAAAUGUGGAUAAAGAAAAAACGCUGUAUCGCGCGUUGCAAAUCAAAGCUAUGGGCACACAAAUCUUCGUGAUAGCCGUUGGCCGCUACCUCAGAGGUAUGUCAGAGAUCGUGGGCCUGGCGAGCUCCACCGACGCCCACCUUUAUCGCGUGCGUGAUGUUCACGGGCUGAUGCGAGUGGUAAGGUUGAUUCCGCCGUGGCACAUCAUGAGAGAGUACUUACAUCACUCUUGGCUGAACGGCAUGUUAGCACGCCCAGUUACACGCUGA